AUGCGCUCCCAAUUCGUCCUCGCCUUUGGCCUAUUGGCCCUUGCUGCGACUGCCUACGGCCAAGGAACAGCUCCAGCCACACCAGCAGCUCCAGCCACUCCAUCAGCUCCAGCCACACCAUCAACUCCGCCGACCUCCCCGUCGACUUCACCAACCGCACCAGCGACUCCGCCAACCACACCGUCGACCUCGCCAACCACACCACCGGCUUCUCCAACCACACCAACCUCGCCCACUACUUCGACCUCGCCCGCCACCCCAAGCACCUCGCCGACGUCACCAGCAACCCCGGCUUCGCCAAGUAGCCCUUCCACGCCGCCCUCUUCGCCCAUUGAUUCCCCCACUCCCAGUGACUCCCCCACUCCCAGUGAUUCCCCCACUUCCGUUGACAGUAACUCCAGCACCGCCCAGGACUUGGCCAGGGCGCAGCGCCAGGUUCGCAGGCUUAGGAAUCAGGUGAAGCAGGCCAGACGUCAGGAGCGCAGAAGUCGCCAGCAGGUUCGACAGAUUAGGCGCCAAUCGGGACGUCGUCAAAGGCGGCAAAACCAGCGUGGAUCCCGUCAGCGCCGGGGUUGA